AUGGUGUCGGACCAGGAGAUCGCCGCCUGCGUGGAGUCGCUCCUCCGGGGCGCGCUCGAGGCCGGCGGCGGCGGCGCCGGGGAGGCGGCCUCGCUCGCCGCCGUGCUCCAGCAGGCGCAGGCGCGGCUCGGCGUCGACCUCUCCCACAAGGCGCCCUACAUCCGCGACCAGAUGGACCUCUUCUUCGGGCCCCGCCUCCAGCCGCUCCCGCCGCCGCCGCCCAAGGCCCAGAACCAGAACCAGAACCCUCCCCCGCUCCCCGCCUCCGCGCCCGCGCCCGCGCCCGCGCCUGCCAUGACGCAGGCCCCGCCCCAGCCCCAGCUCCUCCCGCUCGAGGUGCAGCAGCAGCAACAGAUGCUGCAGAUGCAGCAGCAGCAGCAGCAGCAGUUCGCGGCGAUUCAGCCGCAGUUCAUCUUCCAGACCAUGCCCCAGCUCCCGCCCGUCGUCUCAGGAGGAGGCGCCGCCGCGGUCUCCGCGCCGCCGCCGGCCGUGCCGGCCAUGGCCUUCUACCCGCCGCCGCCCCUCGCCUUCCGCUACACCAACGCCCUCGGCGGGGUCGCCACUGGUGGGACCGUCUCCUUCCAGCAGCCGGCCCCUGGGGCCGGGGCCAUCACUCCCCCCACAGCUGCGCCACAGGCCGUCAGUGACAACAAGGAGAGUGCCUCCAAGAGAAAGAGAGGUGGGCCUGGUGGCUUAAACAAGGUUUGUGCAAUUUCACCUGAACUUCAGACUGUUGUUGGCGAGACUGCCAUGUCAAGAACUCAGAUUGUGAAGCAGUUAUGGGCAUAUAUCAGGCAGAAUAAUCUUCAGGAUCCUGAUGACAAAAGGAAGAUUAUAUGCAAUGAUGAACUUCGUAUUGUUUUUGGAACCGACUCCACUGACAUGUUUAAGAUGAACAAAUUGUUGGCCAAGCACAUAACUCCUCUUGACCCAAAAGAUCAACCUUCGGAAGCAAAAAAGAUUAAGGCUGCCACUCCAGCUCCUCAACAAAUGCCUACUAUAAAUCAAAAUCAGCCCUAUGUGGUUGUUUCUGAUGCGCUAGCCAAAUUCCUUGGUGUAGAAGGAACGGUGCCUCAUGAUGAUGCCCUCAAGUACCUUUGGGAUUACAUAAAAGCAAAUCAGCUUGAGGAUCCUGCGAGUGCAUCAAUACUAUGUGAUUCCAGUCUGCAAGAGCUGUUCGGCUGCGAGAGCAUUCCAGCUUCAGGAUUAUCAGACUUGCUUGCUCACCAUUUCAUCCAAAGGACAUAG